CAGCACCAGUUGCCGGCCGAACGCCUGAGGAGCAGCAGCCGCCAUUUUGUGCGUGUCGGUGUGCUCCCCCACCCCCCAGGCCCCUUUUCUGUGGUACCGGCGGCGGCCAGGUCGCUGGCGAGGCUAGGCCACGCCGAGCAGGAGCCGCGGCAGCUGCUGCUGUCUUGAAGUUGCGGCGCUCGUUGAACGUGGAGAGGCCUGAGCCUCCCCCCAGCAGGAGGAGGAGUCUCGGCGCCAGGCCUAGGCGCAGCCCCGGCGGAGGCGGCAGCAUGGAGAAUUCGCAGCUGUGUAAGCUGUUCAUCGGCGGCCUGAACGUGCAGACCACAGAGGCCGGGCUCCGGGAGCACUUCGAGGCCUACGGCACCCUCACCGACUGCGUGGUCGUGCUCAACCCGCAGACCAAGCGCUCCCGAUGCUUCGGGUUCGUCACCUACUCGGCGGUGGAGGAGGCCGACGCCGCCAUGGCCGCCUCCCCCCACGCCGUGGACGGCAACGCGGUCGAGCUGAAGCGGGCUGUGUCCCGGGAGGACUCGGCCCGGCCGGGGGCCCACGCUAAGGUGAAGAAGCUCUUCGUGGGCGGUCUCAAGGGGGACGUGGGCGAGGGGGACCUGGUCCAGCACUUUAGCCAGUUCGGCCCGGUGGAGAAGGCCGAGAUCAUCGCCGACAAACAGAGCGGCAAGAAGCGCGGCUUCGGCUUCGUCUAUUUCCAGAACCACGACGCCGCCGACAAGGCCGCUGUGGUCAAGUUCCAUCCGAUCCAGGGCCACCGCGUGGAGGUCAAGAAGGCCGUGCCCAAGGAGGACAUCCAGUCGGGCGGGGGAGGUGGUGGCUCCUCCAGGCCUUCCCGGGGCGGCAGGGGAGGAGGACGAGGACGGGGCGGCGGCGGAUCCGGCAACCGGGACCACAACGGUCUCUCCAAAGGAGGCGGCGGCUAUAAUAGCUACGGAGGCUACGGCGGAGGCGGCGGCGGCUACGGAUCUUACAGCAGCGGCUCCUACGGAGGAGGUGGUGGAGGCGGAGAUUACGGCAACGGGUACGGCGGGUUCGGCAGCUACAGCCAACAUCAGUCUUCCUACGGCCCCAUGAAGAGCGGCGGAGGAGGCGGAGGAGGGGGCGGCAGCUGGGGAGGGCGCAGUAACAGUGGACCGUACAGAGGAGGCUAUGGCGGGGGAGGGUAUGGCGGCAGCUCCUUCUAACCGGGGGCGCCCAUACCCAUUGGGGGUGGCAUGGAGAGCCCUCCCUUUGUUACGGGGCAGCUUCUGAUGGUUUCUCCCCUCACUCGCCUAAGGGCAGUUCCUAGUAAAUGCCUCCCCUGCUGUGGGAGCAGCUCCUAAAUGCCCUCUGGGGGUCGCCUCUGCCUGUGCCACUUCUUUCUCUCUGAAGAUGGACUGGGCCCCACACACACAUACUUUGUGUUACAGUCAUUGAUGGACUCUAUUUUUUUAUUAUUACUUGGACCUUGGUCGUUUUUAUACUAGCAAUGAAAAUGUCUUGUUUUAAUUUGUUUUUUGGGGUGGGGGUGUGGGGUGGGCAAUGUCUUGCUGAUUCUGAAGUAAAAACUGGGGAGGGAGAUGGGGGGAAUUUACUUUGUUGUAAGGACUCGAUACCUGGCUACUACAUUUUUUCCCUACAAAAUCUGCUCGGAUCCAUGACUGAAAUUAACAUUUCUGUAAAGGAGGAAAAAAAAUCGUUUUUACGUUUUUUAUUUUUUAAAUAAAUCAUUGUGUUCAUUGAC